GCUCCCCACGCUCUUUGUUCUGGGGAAGCGCUCGUCGUCGCCACUGCAACCAUGGAACCCAGGCAAAACGAUCAAGCUCACCCACAGACGUCGCCCACCACUUCGACUACUACCACGACUACCACCCAUGGCCCCCAUACUACUAUCUCAACCACUGACACCACCCCGGGACAGGGGACCACGCUACAACAAUCUCCAGACGGCUCAACUACCAUCACUCACCCUACUGUUACCACCACCACCCACAUACCUGCGCCCCAACCUUCUGCCU